AUGGCCCGAGUACUGCGCUGCAAUCUGGUUGUUUCUAAGGAGCGCAAGGAGGUGCGCAUUUUCUAUCGCACAUACAAGAAUGUCGUGCACAUCUUCACCCAGCAGUGCUUCAACGACGAACUGCAGGAUGUGGCCGAGACCUUCAUGAGUCCUGAGGGUCGGAUUGUUCUGCACUAUUGGCGCGGCUAUAACUACCUAUUGCAUGCCGCCUGCAUGCCACCGAAGAGAAAGGAACCCAUCCUGCCCAAACUGGAACUGAUGUGGCGCCAAAACGAACAGCUGUCUCGCAAGUUCCGGGAGCUCAAAGCCCUCAAUUACGAGAAUGCCACAAGCUAUCUGAGCAGCAAUUCACAGCUGGCCGAUUUUAUGCAGGAUUAUGUGCUCAACCUGCUGCGGUACAAGCCCAGCAAUGUCCUUGAGUUCUCCAUCAUGUUUUUCCAGAAUAUGGCGAAAGGAUAG